AUGUCUCAUUUAAUCAAAGGAGUUAAAAAAUGUUAUGGUCUUUCUGUCAGUCAAAUGCACAAAGUAACAGGAUUUCCAUUUAAAACACCCACACUCAAAAGCUUACUAGCCUAUAGUGGGCAACAAUUAAAAACUUCACGUACAUUCUCUAAACUUAGUUCUGAAAAUGCAGACUCUUAUAGUUACAUCAUAGUUGGAGCUGGAUCAGCAGGGUGUGUAUUAGGCAGCCGAUUGACUGAAGACCCCCUUAGUACUGUUUUACUUUUGGAAGCAGGCCCUAAAGACACCCUUCUAGAUAGUAAAAGAUUAAUGUGGAAGAUUCAUAUGCCUGCUGCAUUAACCUAUAAUCUUUGUGAUGAAAAAUAUAAUUGGAAUUACCACACAACACCACAAAAGCACAUGGAUAAUCGAAUUAUGUACUGGCCCAGAGGUAGAGUGUGGGGUGGCUCCUCAUCUCUCAAUGCUAUGGUGUACAUUCGGGGGCACGCAGAAGACUACAAUCGAUGGCAUAGAGAAGGUGCUGUGGGAUGGGACUAUGAAUUUUGCUUGCCUUAUUUUAAGAAGGCACAGACUCAUGAGCUGGGUCCUAACCUGUACAGAGGUGGGAAUGGACCAUUGCAUGUGUCAAGAGGAAAGACGAACCAUCCUCUUCAUCAUGCAUUCCUGGACGCAGCCCAGCAGGCUGGCUAUUCUUUCACAGAUGAUAUGAAUGGUUACCAACAAGAAGGAUUUGGCUGGAUGGAUAUGACUAUACACAGAGGUCAAAGAUGGAGCACAGCUAGUGCUUACCUUCACCCUGCCAUAACACGCCCAAACUUGUCCACAGAAGAUAGAACACUUGUAACGAAAAUUUUGUUUCAAGGGACAAAAGCCAUAGGGGUUGAGUAUGUCAAGAAUGGGCAAAGGAAAAAGGCUCUUGCCAGUGAGGAAGUGAUUUUAAGUGGAGGUGCCAUAAAUUCCCCACAGCUGCUUAUGUUGUCUGGGGUUGGAAAUGCAGAUGACCUCAAAAAAUUAGGGAUCCCUGUUGUUUGUCACCUUCCUGGAGUAGGCCAGAAUCUUCAAGAUCAUUUAGAAGUGUACAUACAGCAGAAGUGCACCAAACCUAUUACUCUCUACAAAGCACAAAAGCCUGUUAACAUGACAAAGAUUGGUUUAGAAUGGCUUUGGAAAUUUACAGGAGAUGGAGCUACUGCCCACUUAGAAUCUGGUGGGUUUAUUAGAAGUCGGCCAGAUGUUCCUCAUCCAGACAUUCAGUUCCAUUUUCUUCCUUCUCAGGUGAUUGAUCAUGGACGUGUUGCUUCCAAGCUGGAAGCUUACCAGGUUCAUGUUGGACCCAUGAGGAGCACAAGUGUGGGCUGGCUAAAGCUGAAAAGUACAGAUCCAAGGGACCAUCCUGUGAUUGAACCAAACUACUUGUCAAUGGAAACAGAUGUGUGGGAAUUUCGUCAGUGUGUCAAGUUAUCCAGAGAAAUUUUUGCUCAGAAAGCUUUUGAAAAAUUCCGUGGUCCUGAAAUUCAGCCAGGAAGUCAUGUACAGUCUGACAAAGAAAUAGAUGCUUUCAUAAGACAGAAGGCUGAUAGUGCUUAUCAUCCUUCUUGUACCUGUAAAAUGGGGCAGCCAUCUGAUACCACUGCUGUGGUUGAUCCUCAGACCAAAGUAAUUGGGGUUGAAAACCUGAGAGUCGUAGAUGCCUCAAUAAUGCCCAGUGUGGUCAGUGGGAAUUUGAAUGCCCCAACCAUCAUGAUAGCAGAAAAAGCUGCAGAUAUGAUCAAGGGGUUCCCAUCACUCAGUGAGAAAAAUGUUCCUGUAUAUAAACCUCAAACCUUGGAAACACAGCGAUGA